AUGGGUGAACAAUUUGGCACGCCCAAUGGGACUUCUCAGUAUACAUACUCUGACAGAAUUCUUCUCAAGUUUAUGAAUAUUGGAAGCUCUAGCCAGAACCCACACCACGCUAUGGAGAUAAACCAGGUGGCUCUUAGGGAAGGACUGGAGUCAGAAGAAAGUGAUGUCAGGCACUCAGCACACGGCAGCACAGGGAGCAGACGAUCCAGGACCGGCUCCAGAAGGAUGAACCUGAUACAGGAAUCUAUGAUGCGACAAGAGGUUACAACACAAAGGAGCCAGGACACUCUCAAUAACAUGACAGCCAUGAUGCAAUGGCAGGUUAACAGGCAGUUCAGGAAGGACCGUGAGGCUGCCAUGGCCAAAAUUCCAAAUCCGGAUGCUGUAGUCCAGCAGCUAGACCUUCCCUAUGGCCCCCCACCAGGAUUGGCAUGGCCAUAUCAAGAGAAUCCUCUUAUCACACAGAUAGCUGGGAUACUAGAACAUGGGGAAAUUUAG